AUGGAGAACCAACCAGAACCUCCCUCCAUCUGGGCCAACGUCACCACAGCCGAGCGAUCACACUCGGUCACCGGCACGGUGGAGGCGUCUGAGAUCGCAGGACUGGUAGACGUCGAGGUUCCGACAUCUGAAGUUGGGAUCGCAGAGGGAGAUCCGAGGGGCCCCGAUCCUGAAGCUCGAGGAGAUACCUGA